GACGUGUAUGGUGCCUACUCAAAAUGUUGUCAUUCGUGUAGAUCUCGGUUAAUGCGAACACCCCUGAACAAAGCAACUCUCUUGAAGAGAGCUGGACAAGCGUUUCAGAUUUGUUUUUGUCAAUAUCUACGUAUUGUUGUUUGUGAACCCAUGACGAAUUUGAUAGAUUCGAGGAUGAUGCAAUAUCCUUGUCAAAAGUAAAGAAAAUAUGAAAGUAUAUCAUUAUAUACGCAUCGCGCGACGACGACACUCAGCUAAAUGUAAAAGAUUCGUAUAAACUUCUGAAUGAAUUUUAAAGACUGCGACGGUGUGAAAAGCCUUUGGUCUUAGACGUUAAUCAAAAUGUGAUAUCAUUUUAGGGGUGACCUGGCGGGAAUGCCAUGAAGUCGAGAAUGGAAGUGCCACACACUUCUUUAUAGUGAGGCUUUAGUGGGUCAUGAGCUUGAAACAAAUAACACUGUGGUGGUGGACAGGAACCUGCAACAUUUUUUGUAUAAAAUACAUGAUUGUCGACACCUAUCCAUAACCAUAUUGUUAAAAUUCCGAGCAUGACUAAAAAAAUAGGAACGGCUGUGUGCAGCGGUUGCUAGAUUAAAAUUUUGCUGAUACAGGAGCUGGCGGCCGUAUGUCACAGUCUCUACAAUUCGUCCCUGUCAAGACAGAUACGAAGAGCUGUGAGCUGGGAACUACGGGGACCUUUUGGUGAGAAAGAGACAAGUGGUUGUAUGUCGCGGUACACUGUUAAGGUAGAUCAAAGCGGCAUAAUCCUGCGAUCUUCCGGGAUAUGCUUUGUGGAGAUGGGUAGUAUCAGAACGAGCACUGAUGCGACAAGGAUAGUUUAUUCUUUGUCGGGUUGUUGUGGCGUCAAGUUACCAACAUCGAGUGAUGUCGGAGUAUUGAAGCUUAGUAAGUUUGUAGACAUCUAAAUUAUUCUAUCUCGAAAGGCUCAGUCUGGAGCAGAAUGGAAUUUAUGAGCAUCUGGCUUUUUUGUAAGUAAACCGCCUUUGCGUUCAAAGGUCUGACCUCAGUAAGAUAAGCAAGUCAUCAUUGAACAUUCUGUGAGUCGGUUGUGUUUCCAAUAACAUUUGAAAGAUAUACCAUACUGUAACAAAAUCCUUUUAAGACGCUAAAUAUUAGAGCUUGUUCGGAAUGUUUUAUUGCAUCUGGGACGAUUCUGUGAACAAAAUAGGUUUCGUUUGUCAUAGAGGAUAUAUUCGUAAUUGUAUUCAGUAGGCAAAGUAAAAUGGGUCACCUUCCACAGAGCAUUUACUCGCAAGCGCUUACUCUCGGAAUUUGCGUUUGUCGAUGUCCUGAGGUUUGGGUAUUCUGGUCGUGCAUCGAU